UUUCUUCAAACUGCGUCAGUACUCCUCUAUUAUUCAUUUCCCUUUCAGUCCCAUUUUCAGACAGAAUCAGUUGCACACAACCAGUUAUAAAAUUAAAUAUGAAACUAGUAUUAAAAUAUGAAUUUAAAUUUUACAGAUAUUCUAAAAGAACCAUGUGUUUAAGUUACAAAUUGUAUUUCAGAAACCCCUCAAUGUUUCCCACAUGACCUGAAAACUAUAUUAUUUGCUUAUUCAAACGAUCUGAAUGCUAUUGUAGUGAAAGACACGUUUUAUAAACUGAAGAAUUUCCUUAAUUCUACUAUUUUUGCAAAUGUUCGACUGGAUACCCAGCAAGAGGAAGAAAUCAAUUACCACAAUAGCAUAAAAGAGUUCAAUACAUCAGUGUAUGCCCACCUUCCUGAUCCUUCCCUGAGCUAUGGCAGCAGUUCAGUUGGAAGUAACUCUUUGAAAAUUUUUGAGAAAUUCUACGACAAAUAUCCAUUAACUGUUUGCGGCUCUAUUGUCCUGAUUCUCUCAAAGCGAAAUCCAAAUGAGGAUAACAUUACCAAUCUAGUAGCCAAAAUUCGAUCGCAUCAUGGAAUGGUUUUUGUAAUUUCAUCAAAUAAUCCAUCAGGUGGAUCCCAACCACUUUCCCUCUAUGACCUCUCAUCUAAAACAAAUGGACUAACCGAUUUUCGAAAUGAUGAUCAAUUCUACAAUUCUCAACUUACUAACUUUGAGAUACUUAGGCCUGUAGUCCUAUACGCAGUAAACCCAGUUGUGUUCGGCAAUGGUGCAACCGUACUGCCCCCACUAUUCCAAACUGAAAGCUACUCCUAUUUUGCAGUUGCUUUACAGAGUCAUGGCCCUAUUGAUACAUUCCAAUCAUUUAACCUCUCUUGGUACAAUGCUUCAUCAUCUACUAAUGGUAGUUUUAGUCGGAAUAACUCCCCUUCUGAGGGCAAUAGCACAAUUCGAAUAGGUGGCGCUACCCUCGAUCCUGCUGUUUACAACAUGAAUUUGGAGUACUCAUACUCGGACAAUACGCCAAUCAAACUGCAGAUUACAGUUCCAUGGAUACUGACUAUUGGACACCAUAUGCAGACUAAAUGCCAAUUUUUGCAAUUCAUUUGA